AUGACCAAGUCGAAGGAAGAUGUCAAGGCAAUUGCAGUUCUACCUAUUCCUCUGAUUCUGCAUAUGAAGCAGAACUUGGAAUAUUCUAUCAAUCAUGAACUUGCAUAUUUAACCUACGUAAACGACUUACUUCCAGAAUUUAUCAAGUUAUACACUAUCACUACUACAGUUGUAAAAUUGGAGCAUGAAAGUAAUCAUUUCCCAAUGAUGCAAGUUGUGUUGUUAGUGCUAGUGGCAGGAUAUGUAUCUGGUGCGAAUAUUUUAAUUCUGCAAGAUAUACCGUCUCCUAGUCAUUCAAUUUGGACUGCAGAGCUAGCUAGGGGACUGGUGAAGAGAGGACAUAAUGUUACGAGAGUGGCACCAGGAAACUUUAGGGAACACAAUAGGGGAAAGGAUUAUCAUGCUAUCUAUUUUGAAGGUGUAGGCGGAGGUGAAGCAGUAAUAACAGAUUUAAUUCAGGCUUCAACGUACAAAACAAUGCUACUGUUCUACGAGUAUGAUAUAGAAGCAUGUAAAGCAAUUUAUCAGUCAAAAGGACUGGAAAAAUUGCUAGAAUACCCCAGCGAUUCCUUUGAUGCAGUAGUAAUAGACAUAACUUUGGGUGGUUGUCUUCUGCCAUUAAUAAAAAAUUCAACUAUCCACCUACAAUUGGUGUAA